UGUUAGAGACUAGCGAAAUCUCACUGAGAGCUUACUUCUAUCAUAGAGACUCUAUGAGAAACAAUAGUGUUUUAAAUUAUAAACUGUCUAAGCUUUUCAUUUGUCUGUGUCACUUUCUUUGUUCAUUUGUUUAGUUUGAUCAACAUGGUUAAAAUCAACUGUCUGUUCAAUUUUGAUGGAUUCAACCACCGACUAGAAGUAAAUUCUAGUGACGAUAAAAAUGCUAUCACAUUUGAAGAGCUGCGAAGGAAUCUUCGUGAACAUCCAAAGCUCAAAUCUGUAGACUUUUUUGACUCUGAGAAAUAUAUCAUAGAGAUAUUUGACAAGGGCUUCGAUGAUUACCUUAAAUUGCCUAGAGAUGCAACUAUUCCUGAUUUCAGCAAAUUGAGAGCUCGUCUAAAACCUAAAGCCAACUAUACCAUGGCAAAGAAAGAAAAUGAAUCUCUUAAACGUCCUUUAUCCAUGUAUUCAGAAAUAAACAUAGAAGAGGAACACGCUCAAAAAAUUUUGAGGGGCUCGCCACCGCCGGUUAAUCGUGCUCGACCUCAUUCAUCACCUCCUCCUGCUUUUCGUCGCUCCCAUGCCCCCAGUGUUGAGACACCAAGAACAGAAAACUCUAACCGCUCCCAUGCAUCUAAUGCUGAGAUGCCGAGACUGGAAAACUCUAAUCGAUCACAUACAAGCCAUAAUAGCCCAGUAACACCGAAACCUACUAUUCAUAGUACACCAAAGACACUAGUCCCUACUAAAACGCCAACAACUGCCCCAAGAGCAACAGCUGCCCCGAAACCCCCAGCCACUUCUAACACUCCAACUCUUCCGAAAGUACCAAGAGAUACGGGCGCCUCAAAUUCAGCACCAAAUGCCUCUAGAUCAUCUGGACAAAAUGGAAAUGAAGAUAACUUAUCGGACUCGGCAAAAUUAAUAUUGGCCAAAGCUGUAGCUAAAUAUAAUGAUGAAUUUACUGAUAUUAUGAUGUUUGAUGAUAUUUGGGCAACAGACAAUGUUUGGAGUUUUGUUUUCCGAGAAAUAUCUGGACAAGGUGUGAAAGAUAUCAAAAAUGUAUCACAAACCAGGAAAUUAUUCAAGUCGUUGGUGGAUAAAUAUGUCUCUUUAUUACAAAACCCUUCUAUAUCAGAAAUUGAGGCUAUUGAAAGCUGGCCCUUAUUUGAAAUUUUUCACAAUAAGAUGAAUCUCAAACCGUUUUAUGGCCGCAUACAAAUGUUGAAAGAUGCAUUUGCCACCAGAAAGCCCACGAAAAACAAUGAUAGUAAACUCGGAAAGCCUGAGAUAGCUAGCCAAAUCAAACCAACAUCACCAGCCCCAGCCCCAGCCCCAACCCCAGCAUCAGCACCAGCACCAACACCAACACUAAUUUCAGAACCAAUUUUAGCGCCGAAACCACAAAGAUUUACACCUAAAUCAUCAGAGGAUAUAAUUAUUCUGACUGGUUCAGAGGACAACGAUAAACCUUGUGAUGACAUUGUGAUGGAUGAACAAGAUGACGAACCAGAAAUCCAGGAGAUAUCUAGCGUAAAUAAUUUACCACCACCGCGACAGACGAAUGUUACAUCUCCACCCGUAACUGCAGCUAGCUCAUUAAAUGUUACAUCUGAUGAUUUUCGACUCUUGUUAGCUGUUGAAGACCACAACAAAGAGUUUUAUGAUGAAACUGUUCCUGAAUAUAGUAUCUGGAGAGAGGUUACCGACCAAAUAAAUCUUUACAAACCUUUCGAUCCCAGUUUAAUAAUGAAAUACAAAACCAGAUUUUAUGAGCUGCUCGAGGAAUUUAUUAGAAUUCAGAAUUCUUCUAUUCCUGUAGCCGAAAAAGCGCAAUGGAAACUUUAUAGUUCAUUUAUCAACAUUGACACAACACCAUUUGAAUCAAAACUAAAUUAGAUUCCUCAUUGUAUUUUCUCAAUCGCAGUACUUGAUUUUUUUUCUGUUCUAGUAACUUAUGAAUGAUAUAUUUAUCCGUUAAAAAUUAUCAUUUUCUUAUUUUGUAAAAUCUCGAUAAUCAUAAACAAUCUUUCAUCUUUUGUCCUUCAAUUUCGUCAAUAUGUAUUAAAAUCAUUAAUUUCAUGGCAAUAAAAGUAUGAUUGAUAACUUCUUAGA